GUGCCAUGGUCAGUCGUGAAGGUAUGAAGAAAGCCCUGGUGCAUGGAGAAGACCACAUGGGCAAUGUCAGUGCCAAAUAUGGCAAAGAUGCUUCAGAUCGAACAGGAUUUCACGAGCUCGCUGCUCCGGAGUUCAUCUACGAAACUUGCAAAGCCCUGGACUCGCAUCCAGACCUGCCACAACUUCUCUGUGAGGUUGUGAUCAUGGGCGGUGCUUUUGGCGAGCGCCGUGGCAACCGGACGCCGUCUGCCGAAGCCAACUUCUUUGACGGUCCAGAAGCUGCCCAGGCAGUGCUGACCGCCGGCUUUAAGAGACUGGUGUUAGCAGGCAUGUUUGGAAUCUGGAUCUGCUUUGUCCCAGUUUGUUUGGGAGCUGUGCGAGAACUUCAUCAACGUCUAUCACGACUGGGGCGAGACCCUUGCACCAGCACAAGACGCAGUUCCCAUCAUGUGCCGAGCCGGACUUUGGUUUUGGGUUUACAGCGCCAUCCACGAUUGCUCUUGGAAGUUUUGAAGUUCGGGUUAUCCGCAAAGUGUUGGAUCACGAGCUGUGCGUCUUGGAGCUCAGAAGCUCCUGUGACGUACCUGCUUCGACCCGACCUCUUCGAAAGUCGAAACGUUCGGGUCGAAGUGGAAACGCGAGGCGAAAUUACUCGCGGGAUGUCCAUUGCAGACUGGAAGGGUCAGUGGGGCAAGGAAAGAAACUGCACAGUACUUCGCAGGAUUAGAGACCGUGACGAGUUCUACCGAGUGUUCGUUCGAGCUAUUGCUCGCUUGCCUGUGUCCUUAAGCUGA